CUCUCUCUCUCUCUCUCUCUCACUAUUUGACCCGCAGACCCGCCAUUUCAUUUCAUUUCGUUUCUUUUCUCUUUCUCUUGCAAUUAGAGAGCAGGUAGGAAGGAAGGAAGGAAGGAGGGAAGGAAGGAAGACGAUUAAAUCAUCCUCAGCUGGUCUCGAUCACUUGCUGGUGGAAGGCGGUGGAGAAUCAGCAGCUCCAUCAUAUUUUUCCUUUCUAUUCUGCCAAGCUUAAUUAGCUAGGAUUUACUAAUUAAUGAGCAAAUCCCAUUAAACCAGCUAGCUGUGCCUUCAUCUCCAUUGAUUUCUCCGUUUAGGUCAUAUGUGUUGUGUGCCAAUAUAAAUAUAUAUCAGCUUCAACGUCGUCGUCAUCAUCCAUUAAUAUUCUUCUCUUCUGUUUAACUGCCUGCCUUACUUUCCUCCAACUUCUGCUUUCCUUUCGUUUCUUCAUUCGCAUUGGGAUCUGAUCUCUUAAUUAUAGUUUCUUUCUCCACAACCACUGGCCACUGUUCUCUUCUGUUUGGGACUCUUCUUCAAUUCCCGAGGACGCAACUUUACACAUAUUCAACCAAGUUUCUCUCUCUCUCUCUGUCUCUCUUUCUUUCUUGUCUGCUAGCUGCUUCUGUUCAUCAGUAGGCUUGUAUAAAAGUUGACUUAAUUCCAAAGUCCCUUCAUCUCUGCACUGACUGGUGGAUGUAUACGAACUUCUGACCAAACAGAUCAUCUGAUCCCGCAACAAGUUUUCUGCACAAGAUUAUCAAAAGGGCUAAAUAUUCAGUUGCACUUGGAAGAUAAUGGAUACAUCAUCACAAGUCCCUCCCGGCUUCAGAUUCCAUCCCACCGACGAAGAACUUGUUGAUUACUACCUCAGAAAAAAAGUUGCUUCAAGAAGAAUUGAUCUCGAUGUCAUUAAAGAUGUCGAUCUCUAUAGAAUCGAGCCAUGGGAUCUCCAAGAACUUUGCCAGAUUGGUAAUGAGGACCAGAAUGAGUGGUAUUUCUUCAGCCAUAAAGACAAGAAAUACCCAACAGGGACUCGUACCAACAGGGCCACAAAAGCAGGAUUUUGGAAGGCUACAGGAAGAGACAAGGCCAUUUACUCCAAGCGUGUCUUGAUUGGGAUGAGGAAAACCUUGGUGUUUUAUAAAGGCCGAGCACCAAAUGGACAAAAGUCAGACUGGAUCAUGCACGAGUACAGACUAGAAACCAAUGAAAAUGGCACUCAGGAAGAAGGGUGGGUCGUCUGUAGAGUGUUCAAGAAGCGAAUGACCGGGUUGCGCAAACAUGGCGGUGAGCUUGGCUCACCAUGUUGGUAUGAUGACCAUGUCUCCUUCAUGCCGGAUUUCGAUUCUCCAGCGCAGAUACUACAGCCCUAUAAUACUCCCCACCACCAUGGCCACCCUCACUAUUCAUGCAAGCAAGAGCUCGAAUUGCAGUACAGUAUGCAGGCCGAUAACACUAAUUUCCUCCAGCUGCCUCAGUUAGAAAGUCCAAAACUUGCACAGCCAAUCACACCAGAAGAACAUUUGCGGCAAAGCAACCAGCAAGCUACCGGCUGCUCAGUUUACAAUAACAACGAGCAGGCGGUGGAUCAGUUGACUGAUUGGCGAACUCUCGAUAAAUUUGUUGCCUCUCAGCUUAGCCAAGAAGAUGGAUCCAAGGAAAACAACUACUCCAAUAUGGGUUCAUUUCAAGCCGCUGAGGAGAUGAGUAUGCUGCUUAACAAUUCCAAGAGGGAAGAUAUGGCUUCGGAUUAUGCAUCAAUGUCCGCCCUUACUUGCCCAAUUGAGCUGUGGAAGUGAAGACCUAUAUACUUUAUAUAUAGAAUCCAGCUAGAAACAUACAUGCUGAUCUCGGAGAAACGAAAACACAAUUAAUCAAGAGAAAAUUAAGAAGUCCUGGUCAAGGUUGCUGUACAUAUAUAAAACUAAAAUUGGUGAUGAUUUAUAUAUAUAUAUAUAUAUAUGUAGCCUGUGGUUUCCUCCAGGACAUUUACUGAUAAUUAAUACUAGGCAGCUACUUGAACAGGCGAUGCCUAGCUAUUACUAGAAUACCUAUAUUUAGUUUGCAAUGUAUUGCGACAUGUGGAUAGAUGAACUCUAAGGUAGCGACGAUGAGUUUUGAAUGUUUCUUUCGAGCUGAUCUGUAGAGAGAAUUUGUUUAAAGUUGU